GUGCUGCAGACUGUUGAUCAGGAUGAAUUCUGUGGUAUCUUCUAACAGAAGCCAAAUGUGGAAUGAGGGAAAUCGAAGCACGGUGUCUUCUUUUAUUUUGUUGGCCUUUUCAGAAUUUCCAAACCUCCAAUUGCCCCUGUUCCUGGUAUUCUUGAUCAUGUACAUGGUUACUGUGUUGGAAAAUCUUGGUAUGAUUUUUAUCAUCAGGAUGAAUCCCAAACUCCACACUCCUAUGUACUUUUUUCUCAGCCACUUAUCCUUUGUUGAUUUUUGCUAUACAUCUGUAAUUGCACCAAAGCUGUUAGACCUCUUGAUUGUAGAAGAAAAAUCAAUCUCCUUUGAAGGAUGCAUGGCUCAAUAUUUUCUUGGGUGUACAUUUGUGAUUAUAGAGAUGUUCAUGUUAGCAGUGAUGGCCUAUGACAGGUUUGUGGCUGUCUGUAACCCUCUGCUCUACACUGUUGCUAUGUCUCAUGAACUCUGCUCCCUCCUGGUUGUAAUUACUUACAUAUGGGCUGGGACAUUUUCCUCAACUCUCACAUAUAUUCUUUUGCAGCUCUCAUACUGUGGACCUAAUGUCAUCGAUCACUUUUGCUGUGAGUACUCAGCUCUGCUUUCUGUGUCCUGCUCAGACACCUCCUUCAGUCAAAUGGCAUGCCUGGUCAUUUCCAUGUUUAAUGAGGCUUGUUGCCUCUUGAUCAUCAUCACUUCCUAUGUUUUCAUAGUUGUCACUGUCAUCAAAAUUCCCACUAAAGGGGCCUUCCGAAAAGCAUUUUCCACCUGUGCCUCCCACCUGACAGCAAUUGGUGUCUGUCAUGGGAUCGUUCUUCUACUAUACUGUGUGCUCAAAUCCAAAAGUUCACUGUUUCUCGUGAAAGUCGCCACUGUGUUCCACAGCAUGGUUAUCCCUAUGCUGAAUCCCCUCAUCUACAGCCUUAGAAAUAAAGAUGUCAAGGAGACUGUCAGAAAGUUAAUCUACCUGAAAUGUAUUUUUCAUUCAAUAUAACAAACAAGAUUUAAUGACUUUCAUAAAUAUACUUUAUAUAUUUCUUUGAAAAUUUUUAGCUAUUUCUAUGAAUAAUGGAGUGAUAUUCAUUG